CCAGACUCUGUUUAUUCCCCAUGGUUACUGAAGCCUUUGACUCCUCAUCUCAGCUCCAUCAACUGUAUUCUGGAUUCGAAUGAUUGUACCAUGGCAGAUUCAGACGCAGAAACGGCAAGCCAGCCGUCAACCUCACCAAUCUCUGCAUUGCCUGAUGUGAAAGGAGCCGAGGCGCACACCCAAGCAGUAGCAGUUGAGCCGGGCGAGGCUCAGCAGAAAAUAUCGCCACCUGUCCCAAAGCGCCUACGAAACCGCGCCACGUCUUCCUCACUUCUUGGAGUCAAAACCAUACUGAAGCGUCAUGCCUCAGACGUCACACCCGAGAAAAACAGAAAAGGAUCUGCUGCAUCCAAGAAGUUCCCCACGCCAUCGCCUGCCAGACGUGAAGUCUCCAGAAAGUCCACCAUUCAAGGUGCAUCUAUCUCAAAGCCUCAGCCCUCACCUACUCAGCGCGACAUCACCAAGAACCGCGGGUCGUCAAGGAAGAAGGUACCUGCUAUUAGCAACUUGCUAGUGAGUGAGGUGGUCCCAGCCAGGAGCACUGUCCCGAACAGUGCUGGGAAUGGCAAAAUCGAUCCUGCUGGCCUGGCACCGGUUGAGACUAUUACCGCUCUCAACUACAUUGACACUGCAGCCGACUCAAAAGCCAUCAUCUACGCAUCGGUUCUGGACGAGGAAGCGGUAGAUCCAUGUGAACUUGGGGCCGAAAGUGGUCCCCAUCUUCAUAUAGAAGCGAUUGUCGGUCACCGCUUCGUCCAAGGCGUCGGUAUCGAGGUUUUGGCUCAAUGGGGACAGGAUCACAGCCUUCCCAACUCAUGGGAGCCCGAGGCUAUCAUACACGCAGAUGCCAGGGACCUCCUCCUGGAGUAUUGGGAUAGCACCCCGGGAGGCCGUCUCCAGGAGCUACGUGGCACUGGCCACGAGAACGAUGUCUUUGCCCUGCACCGCUACGACGCAAGACAAACCGAGGCCAGUGAAGGCUCCGCUCCCAAGAGCAAAAAGAUCAAGCUGAUGCCAAAUAAGAGAAAAUCAGCAAGGCCUCCCAAAGCGGUGCUGCUCGUCGAAGUCGAAUACUGUGGCUACAGAGGAACAACAUGGGUUCCUGACAAGCUUCUUAGUGAAGAUCUCCCCGUCUUGAUGAGCAAAUACUGGGCUCUUGCUGGAGGUCGACCUGUCGGCUUUUAG